AUGAUGGUUCCCAAUGGCACGAGCGUGUGGUUGUUGAGCCAGUUGGGUGCGCAGCUGGGCACUCUAUUCUUUUCGGACAUGCAAAACGGUAUUUGUUGUCCAAUGCUCGAGAUGAUACCCAUCCUUCAUGCAGUCCACCUGACAAUUUCCAAGAAGAUGACACACAAGAGUCCUCCAGAGGUGCAGGCCACCUGCGUUGCAAGCUGCUUCCUGUGCACGGCCAGCAUCGGGAUGCUUUUGUUGCUAGGAACGCGCCUGGGCCUCGCCAAGUAUCUUCGCGCUGUGCCUCUCAUUGUGUUAAAAGGCGCCUUGUUUGGUGUGGCGAUCUUCUUGAUUUCAAGCUGUCUGCAUGUUUCUGCGGGUCUCGCCAUACCCCUUGUGGAGACUUGGCGCCACUGGAUGCCUGCAGUGUUGUUGGGAUUGCUCCUCUUCGCGUUGGAUGAGGCCGUACACUCACCCGUUGCGAUUGCCCUCAGUUUGCUGGCUAUUGGCAUUGCUCCUUCUGCUCUUGAUGCGCUAGGUAUCCGUACGAUCGCAGAAUUGCAGCAGGAAACAUGGGUUUUCCAGAGCUCAGCUGCGAGUUCGGCUGCAGACUCUGAAGCUUGGUACUCUCAAAUGUGGGACUUAUAUAGCUCAUGCUGGCAGUACAUCCAUUGGCCUGUCCUCCUGGAGAUGAUGCCGACCGUGCUGGGCAUCGCAGCUUCCGCAUCCUUGUUAAUGUUGAUGGACCUGAAGGCCGUGGAGCUGCUGACGGAGCGAGAGUUUAGCUUGGACAAGGAGCUUCGCAGCAUCGGCUUCAGCAACCUUCUGAGUGCCCUUCUUGGAGGUGGUUGGCCUUGCUACAUUCUGUGCUCCUUGAAUGUGACAUGUUAUCGAUUGGGUGGCAGGUCCAAGUUUGUGGGGACUUGUCUUUCUUUGGGUGCAAUCCUUUGCCUCUUUGUAGCUUCCAAACUUCUCUACCGACUUCCGCGAGUGCUGCCGGGAAGUUUGUUUAUGUGGCUGGGCUUGGUCUUUGUCAAGGAGACCAUCGUCGACAUCUGCUCCAAGCACACGCACAAAUCAGAUGUCUUCAUUGUGGGCGUGAUGGCCUUGGUUGUGAAGUUCUAUGGAUUCAACAACGCCCUUCUAGUCGGAACGCUCCUGGCCAUGAGUUUCUUCACAGUCCGCUACAGCGGCUCCCAGGUGGGGGUCCGCACUUCCGGGGAUGCGCGCUUCUACCGAGCGAUCUGCACGAGGGACUUCACCGAACACUCGGCCCUAGAGGAGUUGGGGCAUCUCAUUGAGGUUGUGCACAUCAGUGGUUUCCUUAUGUUCGCUUCCACCCCGGCUUUCACGGACGCUGUGCGAGAACUGCUGGCUGAUUCGGCUCAUGGCCCGGAAUGGAUACUGCUGAACUGCCAGAAUCUCCAAGGAUUGGAUUAUUCUGCGGCACUGGAGCUGGCCACUUUGGGCCGGAAGGCAGCGGAGAGCCAAAAGCGCUUGGUGAUCACCGAGCUCCAAAGCAGUGUCCAGGAGGUUUUGCAACAGGCCCGAGUGGAGCUAAAGGAGUUGCCUGGCCCAGGCAGCAGUGUGCCUUACGGCUUGUUCUACCAGUCCCAUUACCAGAGUGCUUUGCAGCGCUGUGAGAAUGGGGUGCUGUCUCGCCUAGGCCAGCGUUUACCAAGCAAAUCCCAGCCAACACUUGGGUCCGAGCAGGCCUUUAUGCGUGAAGUGCUGAUGCGCUACUUCGGCGACUUCUUGCCGAAGGACGGCUUGCAGGACAAGGCGCUCGACAGAGCGAUGGGCCUUUUCGAGAAGAAGGUGUUGGAGCCGGGUACUGUGUUGUGGAAUGCCGGCGAGGAGUGCACAAAGUGUGCCUGCGUGGUGGAGGGCACGCUCCACGCCUAUGCACACCCGAGCAGGAAAAGGACAAAACCGUCAAGUCCGCAAAGAAAGGUCUUAGGUGACCUCGGCAAGGAUCGGUUGGUUGCCAUCGCUGGCCCAGGGGAUUUCAUUGGCUUCCUGGCUUUUGUGAACACCUUCCCCUAUGAGCAUACCGCCUUGGUACCUGCAACCCAGGGCGAGGAUGGUGAGGAGCCCGAGUCCACGAGCAUUCUGGUGCUGCAACGGAGCAGGUAUGAAGAGCUCUUGCUGGCCGAUCCAGCUCUUGGUCAAGCUUUGGUGCGAGGUUUCCUGAGACAAAUUAGCUAUGAAUGGCGGGAGCUUUCGCGGUUGUCCGUAUCUUAG